GUGACGAAGUCAGUUGCUAUGGAGUUACGCUAAGUAAGGUAGUGGAAGGACGAGGCUGGAGGGAAAGCGACUGCUGGGGGUAUUUCCAUUUUAACAGGGAACAAUCCCUGAACCCAAAGGAAUGAAUCCCUAAUGGUGGAGUUUCAGGCAUCAGUGACAGGCUGAACCCCAGACUUCCAGGGCCUAUGCUUGCUUGCACCUGAUGAAUGAUGGCCUGAACUAUGAGCAGACGAGACUCUAUGAGCUCUUCAGUGCAGGAGCCUCCUCUUGACUACUCUUUCAGAAGCAUCCAUAUCGUCCAAGAUCUGGUAAGUGAGGAGCCAAGGACAGGGCAACGACCACUGAAGUACUCAAAAUCAGGAAAGUCACUGACCCAAUCCUUGUGGCUCAACAACAAUGUCCUCACUGACCUGAAAGACUUCAACCAGGUGAUUUCACGGGUGUUGGAGCAACCACACAACCUGGCCUGGAUCGACCUGUCCUUCAAUGACCUGACUUCCAUUGACCCUGUGCUAACAACAUUCUUCAACCUAAGUGUCCUCUACCUUCAUGGCAACAGCAUCCAGCGCCUGGGGGAGGUGAAUAAGCUAGCUGUACUCCCUCGGCUCCGGAGCCUGACUCUCCAUGGCAACCCCAUAGAGGAAGAGAAGGGGUAUAGGUCAGAUCGUGAUGAGGCUGGUGGAGGAGAAGGCCCCUGCUCAUGUGCUGGGUUGGGCACCUUCUGUGGUUACUCCACAUUGCUUAUUGCUCGUGCCCUGCCCCCUGGGAGUCGCCUUCUCACUGUGGAACGUGACCCGCGCACGGCAGCAGUGGCUGAAAAACUCAUCCGCCUGGCUGGCUUUGAUGAGCACAUGGUAGAGCUCAUCACAGGCAGCUCAGAGGAAGUGAUCCCCAAACUGAGAGCUCAACACCAGCUGAGCCGGGCAGACCUGGUGCUUCUAGCACAUCGGCCUCGAUACUACUUGCGGGACCUGCAGCUGCUGGAGGCUCAUGCGCUGCUGCCAGCUGGUGCCACUGUGUUGGCUGACCACGUGCUCUUCCCUGGUGCACCCAGAUUCCUACAGUAUGCUAAGAGCUGUGGCCGCUAUCGCUGCCGCCUCCACCAUACUGGUCUUCCAGACUUCCCUGCCAUUAAGGAUGGCAUAGCCCAGCUCACCUAUGCUGGACCUGGCUGAGGUCCAGGACCAGGGGUAUUUUCUGAUGCACCCCACCCCCACCCAAGAAAAGACCUCAGAAUCUCCCUUUCCCUUCCUGUUUGGAAACCAAUACAAGCGAGGCUCAGGGCUAAAGAGGUUCUCUUCCCAACUUUGCCCCCUUCAGCCUCCACAUGACCUGAAGUAUCAAUCUUAUCAGGCUGUUUAGUCCUCCUGACUUCCUCCUUCUAGAUCAAGCCAUGGACUGCAAGUAGGAUGCUUGAGCUCCCAACCCA